CGUCAGCUCGUUCGUGAUUGGUCCAGCAGUGAUAUUGUGCUGACAAACGCGGCGGGGUGGGGAGAGAUAGCAGGCACGAAAUCCACUGAAGAACUGUUGAGAAGAUUGGAGGUGGUAUUUUGUUCAUCUAUUGCCGAAGUCCUGCUGUGGGAUUUUUAAUUUCAAUUUUUAUUUAAUUUUUGUUUUUGUUUUGCUCUUGAGGAAGAAUGUACUGCAGUAAUGUGUGCUGGAACCGGUGGUCAUCUGAGGAGAGGCUCGAUGGAAAAACAGCCAUCAUUACCGGAGCCAACACUGGUAUUGGCAAAGAAACAGCGAGGGACCUGGCAAGAAGAGGAGCACGCAUCGUCAUGGCGUGCAGAGACCUGGAGAGGGCAGAGGAAGCACGAAUGGACAUUUUGGAAGACACGGGAAAUGAGAACAUUGUCAUCAGGAAACUGGAUCUGUCCGACACCAAGUCCAUCAGGGCGUUUGCUGAACUCAUCAUGAAAGAGGAGAAACAAGUGAACAUCCUGAUAAACAAUGCAGGCAUCAUGAUGUGUCCCUACUCCAAGACUGCGGAUGGGUUUGAACUGCAGUUAGGGGUCAAUCAUUUGGGUCACUUCCUGCUGACUUACCUUCUGCUGGACCUCAUCAAACGUUCAGCUCCGGCCCGUAUCGUUGUUGUGGCGUCAGUGGCCCACACCUGGACCGGGCUUCAACUCGAUGACAUCAACAGCGAGAGGAGUUACGAUACCAUGAAGGCCUACGGGCAGAGCAAGCUGGCUAAUGUCCUCUUUGCACGCUCGCUAGCCAAACGCUUACAAGGUACAGGGGUGAGCGUGUUCUCUCUGCACCCAGGAGUGGUGCAGUCUGACCUGUGGAGGCACCAGCACCAGUGUAUCCAGGUAGCAGUGAAGAUUUUCAGGAUUUUCACCAAGACAACAGUGGAGGGAGCGCAGACCACCAUCUACUGUGCUGUGGAGCCAGGCCUGGAGAGCCAGAGUGGAGGGUACUUCAGUGACUGUGCACCCACAAGGUGCUCGAGGACAGCCUCAAAUGAUGACCUGGCCCAGAAACUGUGGGAAAUCAGCUGCAACAUGCUUGGCAUCACGUGGCAGUGAACGGUGGGAUAAAUGAACCGUGCAGUGAAAGACAUUGUAUGCUAUGUAUACUGUAAAUAUCAUCCUGUAAACAGCACUGUCAAGCACUUUUAUAGAGGCAUCAGUGUUUCUGUUGUUGUUGUGAAAAUUAUUCAAAGUACAAUGCAGUCCAAAAAUCGCUAAAUCGCUGGAGCUCCUUGAUUUUAGAAACAUUCUAAAGAAUCUUAUGUUUUAGUCAAAUUGCAAUUAUCCAACAAGAUUGCAUGAUGUUUUACCCAUAUGUCAUGUAAAAUGUCUGUUAGCAUUCACUGACAGUCAAAUUGUUUCCAGUACUUUUUAACUUUAUUUUUUUCUCUUUUUACUGUGCUUUUACUAACUGAUGUGUUUAUUCUUUGUUUAGAUGGUUUGGUAUCUGUAGUGCAGAUGCUGUUCUACCUUGUAAAGACGUUAGCUUAUAAAGAUGUCAGCCAGCUUUUGAUGACCCGUUGUUAAAACCUCUCUUACAUGUUGCUUACAAACCCGUGUUUGUAAUGUCCAGUGUAGUAGGAGGAUAGUUUAUGGCACCGAUGAAGAACAAUUUGGCUCCAAAUGGCCUCCAAACGUCCCCAUUCAAAUUAACAAUUUGAAUUAAAUACUGUACAUUCGUGGUUGAUAGUUAAAGCACUUAGAUGACAAUAUUAAGUGGUUUCUUUUCUGCUGUUGUAGCACUUAUGAGGGGUGAUUGAUAAGGUCAUGGCCUAAGGUAGAAGGAAAUUAGCUCUCAUUACAUGUAGGUGCAUACACAGAAAGUUUCUAAGUUUGUUUCAAGUAAUUGAAAAUUGCCAUUCACCACUGUCUGUGAAAAUGAACAAUGGCGGCUUUAAUGCAGUCAUCAGCUUCCUCGGUCUCAAGGGCUUAUUACACCAAGGAGGUCAUUGGCUUCAUUUGACCUGAUUUGGCACCUGAGACUACUACCUCUUCCCCAAGUUGAAGAAGGGGCUCUGUGGUUCUCAUUUUGACAGUGAUGAUGACUUUCUUGAGGUCCAAGACAACGACUUCUAUGAAGAAGGGAUCUGAACUUGUCAAUCACCCCUCUCAAAACAUCAGAAUAUACUUUUAUUGAUCAGAACACUUUUAAUUUAUUUUUCCUCAUUGAACCCAUUGAAAUGCCUUGUAUGAUACAUUUUGCAGUUUCA